AUGAGUUUAGACCACCCCGAAUUCAAGAAAAUCAUUGAUUUUGAAUCAACAGAAGGUCAAGAACUGAUAGAUUAUUUACAGAACAACACGGGCCUUGUCAUAGAUUCGGCCAUGGGUCUGCUAACUCUUGAGGAUAUUUUGUUGGUCGAAAAGGACAACGAUCUUGAAUUGCCUGCCUGGACUGAUUCCGUUUUUGAGCAAUAUCUCGUACCACUCACCUCAAUUGUUUUCGAUAUUUGGGGUUCUUCCGAAUUUAUGAAAAUUCGCAGCUCAACUCUGUUUAGGGAUAUAACGACUAGACUUGACAACCUAAUCACGGGAUCCAGUGACCAGAAUGUUUUGUUGUAUUCAGCCCAUGACGCAACUGUUAGUACUAUGCUCCAUUUCCUUGGAAUUCGGGAUCAAACUGUUGCUAGACCAACCUAUGCGGCGUCGCUUAAUUUGGAGCUUCAUGAAAAUCAAGAAAUAGAGGACGAUUUUGAAGUGAAGUUGCUAUACUUUUCAUCGUACGACGACCAGAAUCCUAUUGAAAUCGACAUUCCCGAUUGUCAAGCACCAUGUCCUUACAAGCAGUUCAAAUUAACCAUCCAACCGAGACUUACUCCUGAUUAUGACACUGCAUGCACCCAAUAA